GACCGACCAUGGAUUCGUCGAGCGAGCAACAUGCGACGCUGCAGUCGACAAGUGACCGUCAGAUCCAAGUCAAGCUGGAAGGAGGGUCUGAAGAAGAUGCCAAGCGAGAAGACGUUAUCACUCUGAUCGAACAGGAUCUCUCGCUGCUACUACGCAUCCUCACCUCGUCCAUCCACUACAUCUCAACGCGCUCCUCGAUGGUCCAGCUGAGCGACUCCAUCCCGCUAUCGAGGCCAACAGGGGCUGCGGGAGCUUAUGCAAACUCCAACAUGGUCGAACGCGCAACGAUGAAGGAGAGCAUCGACGAAUUGACCGAUGACCUCAUCCAGAAGGCAAAGGACAUCGAGACUCUUGUCGAUCGACUCCCAGUCACGCAGGACGAAGAAGCCUUCCAGCGUGAGCUCCAAGGCUUGGACGAGGAGAUGAAGGUGGCCAAUGAGGAAUACAGAAGCGCUCUUCAAGAGGCCAAGGAGCUCAAGGCGCAAGUCGAUGUUCUUUUGAAGCAACUUUGCGACGACCACCAAUCGACGAGGGCGGCGCUUGCCAAUGUAUCUUCCCUAGAAUCUUCGUCUUCAUCGUCAUUACACCAACAGACAAACAACGAACAGAGCAAUGGGAAGAAGGCGAAACGGUAGGGGGAGUGACCAAUAUUCAUCAUCUGUAUCAGUAACAUCACACACUUUUAGACAUGUCAUACCAUAUCGGAGCUGCGCUGGGAGGAGCUAUACCGCUCAGGAUGCAGAACCGAGGUCAGAUCAGGAG